AUGUCAAAUAUUUCUCUUCGUUCAUUUGUUUACAGUCGGAAAAUAAAAUAUAUUUUGAAAUCGGCUUUUAUCUUUGUAAUCCAGUGAAUAAAAUAUAAAUAUAUAUUCUUAAAAAUGGCUCCCAAAGCUGGUGGUGAUUCUGCUAGAGUUAAUUCGUCAGUAUACAAGGAUAAAAGCAAGCCUACCGAUAUUCGGCUUAGCAACAUAGCUGCCGCAAAAGCUGUAUCAGAUGCUAUUCGCACAAGUCUGGGCCCAAGGGGCAUGGAUAAAAUGAUCCAAGCUGCAAAUGGUGAAGUAACAAUCACAAAUGAUGGAGCUACCAUUCUGAAACAAAUCAGUGUCAUCCACCCAGCUGCUAAAAUGCUGGUGGAGCUGUCAAGAGCCCAGGACAUUGAGGCUGGGGACGGCACCACCACCGUGGUGGUGAUUGCCGGGGCACUGCUCGACGCUGCAGAGAAGCUGCUGCAGAAGGGCAUCCACCCCACCGUCAUUUCAGACGGAUUCCAGAAAGCUCUUACAUCUGCUUUACAGGUGAUUGAAAGCAUGGCCACACCUGUGGACUUGUCCAAUGAAGAGGUUCUGCUGAAGGCGGCGGCCACAUCUCUGAACUCCAAGGUGGUGUCCCAGCACUCCACUCUGUUGGCCCCUAUCGCUGUCCAGGCCAUCCGUACUGUGAUGGAGCCGAUCGUGGGCGGCGUGGGCGCGCGCGUGGACCUGCGCGACGUGAAGGUGCUGGAGCGCGUCGGCGGCACCGUGGAGGACACGGAGCUGAUCGCCGGCCUCGUCAUCGGCCACCGCGCGGCCAACGUCAGCGGCCCGCACCGGCUGGAGAAGGCCAAGGUGGGCCUGAUACAGUUCUGUAUCUCGCCGCCUAAGACCGAUAUGGACCACAACGUGAUCGUGUCGGACUACGCGGCGAUGGACCGCGUGCUGAAGGAGGAGCGCCAGUACAUCCUCAACAUCGUGAAGCAGAUCAAGAAGGCCGGCUGCAACGUGCUGCUCGUGCAGAAGUCCAUCUUGAGAGACGCCCUGAGCGACCUGGCCAUCCACUUCCUGGACAAGAUCAAGUGCAUGGUGAUCAAGGACAUUGAGCGCGAGGACAUUGACUUCGUGUGCAAGACGCUGGGCUGCCGGCCCAUCGCCUCGCUCGACCACUUCACCGCAGAGAACCUGGUCAAUGUCGACCUCGUCGAGGAGGUCAGCGAGCCCAGCGGCAAGUACAUCAAGAUGACAGGCAUCCAGGGCGGCGGCAAGACGGUGUCCGUCGUCGUCCGCGGCACGUCGGGCGCGGUGGUCGCCGAGGCGGCUCGUUCUUUACACGACGCGCUGUGCGCCGUGCGCUGCGUGGCGCGCCGGCCCGCGCUGCUGCCCGGCGGCGGCGCGCCCGAGUCCGCCGCCGCCGCAGCGCUGGCUCGUGAGAGCAUCUCCGCUCCUGGUGCUGAUCAUUACUGUCUGAGGGCGUAUGCGGAUGCGCUGGAGGUCGUGCCGUACACGCUUGCUGAGAAUGCUGGUCUGAACGCGAUCGAGACGGUGACGGAGCUGCGCGCGGCGCACGCGGCGGCGGCGGGCGGCGCGGCGGGCGCGGGCGUGAACGUGCGCCGCGGCCGCGUCACCGACAUGCGCCAGGAGAGCGUGCUGCAGCCGCUGCACGUCACCGCCUCCGCGCUCGCGCUGUCUACUGAGACCGUGAGGGCUAUACUCAAGAUUGACGAUAUCAUAAACACCUUGAACUAACCGGAUUCUCUCGCUUUUUUGUUAAAAGUAUUAAUAUUUUAGUUUUCACACUAUACGAGCUUACAAUAUUAACAGUCUCCACUCCAUUGCGGGCUCAAUGAAUCUUGCAAAGCUACGAGUAUCUCUACACUAUGCAAAAUGCUAUGUGAUGUUUUCACAAUUUUAUUCUUUAGGUUAUAGAAUGCUAGCCGUUAACUUAUAUUGUAUGGAAUUAAAUAAAUAACUAAUAAAUCUAA